GUUUAACCCAAACUGGCUAACAUUUGAUGAAAUGCGCGUGGGGGGGGGCAACGUUUGAAGUCUUGCUCAAUACCUAUAACCCCAUGGUCAACGAUUAAUGCAACUUCUUCCAAAUUGGGGGCGAAUGGCUUUGAGAUUAAUUGGGCGCAAAGUUUAAUCGCCAGGCAUGGGCGGGGAAAGAGUUAAUCACCUACAGCGAGGAGUGUAUAAACGACGCUCUGACGGCGCAGUCAAAACCUCCUGUAUGUGCGUUUGUGUUUUAAGAGGUGGCGUCUGGAGUUGUUAGGAGACCAGGACACAAGUACCUGCCCAGGAGAGAGUGUAUUCCGCCUCCUAACACACCGUGUGGAACUGCGAGAGCCUCCACCAGCUGAAGUUAAGUUUAGCAGAAGUUUCACUAAGUUAGUUCAGUGUCAGUCCCAGCUCGCUGUGUGUGUGUGUGUAUGUGCGUCUCCGAGAUGUUUGAAGAUCGCCGCUGGGGUCUCUUCAAACGCAACCUGCAGCCCACUCUCACCCUCUGGAGCGCCUUCUGCUCUUUCGGUCUCUGCAUGGCUUUCCUUGGACCAACCUUGCUGGACCUUCGCUGCCAGACCCGCUCCUCGCUCAAACAGAUCACCUGGGUGUUCUUCGCCCAGAAUUUCUGCGUCUUGGUCGGGACCAUCAUCGGCGGACUCUUCAAGAAAACGUUCUCCAUGCUCAAUGUGACUGGCCUGAUCAUCUCCACAAUCCUGAUCAGUUCGUGCUUCUCCAUCAUCCCCCUCUGCAACAAUGUUAUCAUCCUUAUCAAGCUCACUCUGGAAAGUAUGGAGAACCGGCCUCCCAUGGGCUGCAUAGACACCACAGCUAACCUGCAACUGGUCCCUUGUUUCAUCUUUUGCCAGGUCCUCCAUUUCUGCGUUGGUUUUGGUGCUUUUCUCAGUCCAAUGAUAGCCGAUCCUUUCCUGUCGGAAACAAACUGUAUGCUGACCAACCUCACUGCCAACGGCACUUCGACCGACUUGGCGCACACCCGAAAUUCCUUGGCGCACCCGCACAUGGUGAACGGGAGCGAUGUCUUUCUGGAGCCCAAUGGGAUUUUCAUCUCGAAUGUGUCGUAUGCCUUUUGGAUCAUGGCUCUGAUCAAUUUACCGGUGCCUGUGGCUGUGCUUUUCCUGAUGUGUAAACAGGGAUUUGGGGGCUGCUGCAGAAGGAAAAAUUCUCCCCUCUUGCCCGCUGAGGAGCUCCCUUCAGACCUGCAGAUGGACAGAUUAUCAAUGGGAUCGGAGAAGACGCUGCAGGAGAAAGAUCCCGACAGUUUCUCCAGUUGCCUCAGAGCCCUGUAUCUUCAAGAAUCCCCUUGUACCUUUGUUGUUGUCCACAUUGUGGGCGCCACUGUCCUCUUCAUGAGCGAUGGGAUCUUGGGCGAGUACUCUGGAUUUGUGUACACCUAUGCCGUCGAGAAGCCACUCUACAUUGAGCCCAGGGUAGCAGGUUACCUCAACAGCCUCUUCUGGGCCUCCAUUACUCUGGGGAGGUUGGCGUCCAUUCCAGUGUCUGGGAAAUUAAGACCUGCGACCAUGGUGUUCAUAAACUUGGGUGGAAUAAUCGGCACUUUUGUCCUGAUGCUGUGUUUCCCAGUCAGCAUUGUUUGCCUUUAUGUGGGAACGGGACUUCUAGGCUUUUUCCUGAGCAGCACCUUUCCAAGUAUGUUGGCUUACACCGAGGAUAUCUUGAAUUACCAAGGAUGUGCAACAACUGUACUGGUGACAGGCGCAGGAGUUGGGGAGUUUGCUCUCCAGAUGCUGGUGGGAUCAGUUAUUCAGUCACCUGAGGCUGAUAUAUUCCUCGUAUGUGGCCUGACGUUUGGUUGUCUCGCUCUUCUGUUCUACCUGGUUCUUCUCAUCGUCCACAGAUUACACAAUCUUCAGAGCAUGAAAGGGCCGUCGAAAACGCCCACGAUAGCGGAGUCCCAGUUUUCGUACCAGAGCUGAGGUUUAGCAAGCGGCCAGCCACUGCCCACGCACAGGAGUUCUGAACGGAUCCAGAGCCACGUCGGAACGGACUGAUAACCUGUGCGGACUUUAACGAUGGACUUUUUGCUGCGACAAUCUACGAGCAGCCUCCCCGACCAUUUGAGAAGUGGCUAGGUCGCUUUUGUCUCCGCUUCUAGUUAAACUGACGUGUCACACCGAAGUCUUCGGCCGACAAUAAAACCUCCUUCGAGAGCGGACGUUUGAACGGAUAAAGUAACAAUGAUCGUCUUAAUCAGCACCGCACGGGACCUGAGUUAACAAGCGUGUUUUUAUUUUUUAAAAAGUAGAACAGUUUUCUUCAAAAGCAAAACAUUCGAUUUGUUCAGGUUAAUGAUUUUCUUGAUUUUUUUUUUUUUUUUUUUUUUUUUUUUUUUUGUCGUUUGUUUUGAAGCAAAAUGCCAAAUGUUUCAGGUGAGAAAUCAACUGUCUCAUUCCAAGUUCACUCGAGGUGAUUAUGAAGGCCCUUAUAAUGGGAGCCCAAGCACACAGAGGUAGCAGGCAUCUGCCAAGCACUCCCGUUCCUCCCCUAUGUUAGUGAAGAGUGCAGUUCAGUUUCACUUUAGUUUAUUGUCACGCGUGCCGAGGUACAGUGAAAAGCUUUUUGCUGCGUGCUAGCCAGUCAGCCGAUGAAUGGGUCGCAUAUCUCUGCCAAAGUUAGACUACAUUCUGAUGGAUUGAUCGAUGAUACUUUCUUGAUACUUUCUCGGCACUUGCACGUGGUACAUGUGCAGAGAGAUUCUUUGUCUCGCAUACAGUACAAGUUAUGCACUUGAGGCCACGUAAAGGAUACUGACAAAGUUACAAAAGUAGUCUAUACAAUAUAGUCCCCCUUGCUUCUUCCCCAGUCCCUCUCUGUUCUCAGCCUCCACCCCCAUGCCCAUUCCCUCUUUGUUACAAGGUCAUAAGGUCAUAAGUGAUAGAGGCCUUCUCCCCAUUAAGUUGUUCUCGGCGCCCCCCCUGUUCUCGCUGAAGUUGUUCUCGCCAAGUCCCCCUCUGUUCUCGCAGCCUGCCUGAGUGUUGUGUGGCACAGGUUGGGUCAGCUUCAGUCGCUAACCUUGUGGCAUGUCGACACUUUCUGGAGCAUCCCAACCGCACUGGGAGAGCCAAUUCCAUAUUCCCCUCCUUCUAUAGUUGGGAUCGGGCACCAAAUGUCAGCUGCACCAGCUAAUUGUAACCCAGAUUAUAUCAAAGGAAUGAUAGACAGAUGUAACCCAGACCGGUAUGUAACACAACACAUUCACUGGAGGAUAUGAGUAACGCACAAGGGUUUUCCAACACCCUUUGUGGCCAUUCCUCUUUCACUGUGCACUCGUUUUCAGGGCAAACUUUCCCAGAUUUAUAAUUUUGUUCGAUUUUGCGUCCUUCCAUGCUGGGAAUUGAACUCACAACUGGUGGGCUAAGAGCCGAGUAGAGAGGAGCUAUGUCACGCGCAAGCUGUUUGUGCCAUUGGAGAUAACAACAUGAAGGUUUGCUGUAUUAAUCCUUAUGGACUUCUCUCGGAAGAAUCUCAAAGUAUAUCAACUACAAUGACACACGGUCCCAGGUCUAAUGUGGGGGAUGCAAUAUUAAAUUGAUGUACUUAAUUAAGCACUUAAUAUGCUAGUUAAUUUAUUUUUUGUGUCAUUUGGUAGAUGAUGGGAUUGUUGGCCAAGUAGCUGAAGGAGGGUUAUUUGCCAAGUUAGCAAAACAACUCCUUGUUUUUCAUCAGCUCAGUUCAGUUUAGUUUGUAGCCACAUCUAGCGAGGAACAGUGAAAUGUUUUUGUUGCGUGCUCACCAGUCAGCGGAAAGACAAUACAUGAUUACAAUCGAGCCAUUUGCAGUGUAUAGAUACAUGAUAAGGGAAUAACGUUUAGUGCAAAGUAAAGCCAGAUCUAGGAUAGUCCGAGGGUCACCAAUGAGGUAGACAGUAGUUGGUUCAGUUGCCUGAUGACAGC